AUGGCGGCGGCGGGGAGCAUCACCACGCUGCCGGCGCUGCCCGACGACGGGGGCAGCGGCGCCUUCCCCCCCGGGCACUUCAAGGACCCCAAGCGGCUCUACUGCAAGAACGGCGGCUUCUUCCUCCGCAUCAACCCCGACGGCAGGGUGGACGGCGUCCGGGAGAAGAGCGACCCUCACAUCAAACUGCAACUUCAAGCAGAAGAAAGAGGAGUGGUGUCAAUCAAAGGUGUAAGUGCAAAUCGCUUUCUGGCUAUGAAGGAGGAUGGCAGAUUGCUGGCCUUGAAAUGUGCAACAGAAGAAUGUUUCUUUUUUGAGCGUUUGGAAUCUAAUAACUAUAACACUUACCGAUCACGGAAAUACUCUGAUUGGUAUGUGGCGCUGAAAAGAACUGGACAGUACAAACCUGGACCAAAAACUGGACCUGGACAGAAAGCUAUCCUUUUUCUUCCCAUGUCUGCUAAAAGCUGAUUUCCAUGGCGGAUUCCGAGCACCUGUGCCACACUACACUAAAGAUGUCGAGUCUCCUGCUCCUCUCCAAAGUAGCUAAAAUAUAAGCAAUUAUUUGCUGAUAUUAACUACUUUUGCAGAUACCAGAUUAAAACAUGAAUGUUUCAUACUGUCUUUAUAUCGCUCUUUAAACCUGUUGUGCCAGUGUGUGUGUGGAGGUAAAAUUACUUGGAAAAUAGAUUUUCAGGAUCAAUAAUACUUCUGUUUUCUGCUAGAUCUCUGAGUAGAGCUAUUUUAUUUACCUUAUGUUUGCUUUACAGAGUAAAGGAAAACAAAUCUGAUCCACACUUAUAGCAGUAUUUACCUUCAAAAAUAAUUUAUAUCUCUAUAGCUUAUUAGAGAAUAGAGUAAAUAAUUACUUUCUAAUAAUUACCUAAAAAGAAGUCCAUGGAUAAUUUUAAUAUGGUCUAAGUAACACUACAAUAAUAAUUCUAAAUUAUUAAUAUAAUGAAAUGUGAACUGUAUUGCUAUCAUGUAAUGUUUCUAUAGGACUCGGGCAGCUCCCUGUGGUAUAGUUUGUAGAACAGGCCUGUGUAGACGGCUGGAAACUCUCUCAUGGUUAUAUCAAUCUUACCAAACCCUUCCCGGUAUCCGUAAAGUAAGAGUUUAGCGACAUUGCUGGUGAUGGGAGUAGCGUGUUUCGUCCUAGCAAGCUCAUCGAGGUCCAUCCAUUCACACCUCAGGCACUCCUGCUGGCAGAAGCUGAUGUUGAAGGAGGAGGGCUCCAGGCGACAGAUGAUGUACAUAUCCGACUUCCCAAAGGCUCCGGGGUGUUCGUGUUGCUGUCUUAUGCUUAGGAUGGACUUGAACUCUGACUUGAUGCCAGUCUCUUCAAAAACCUCUCGAACUGCUGUCUCCCCUAGGUGAAAAGAGCAAUCCUUACAAUACGUAUAAGAACAGCUUAACGCUCUUUAAACCUUUUGAUCGUGGAAAAUCUCUAACUCAAAGCGUUCUCUGUUCUGCUUCAUAAGCUUUUCAGAAUGCAAGCCUGUUUGUUUCAACAGAAGGAUAAGCUAAUUUUUUGGUCCCCAAACAAAAGUAAUGGCUACGUGCCUUUCUUGUGCAUAUCCCACAACAGGAUGAAAGUAAGAAACUUUGGAUAAUACUGUACAGGGUGUGGUUUUGAAACGGACAUUCUGAUGGUUGCUGGCUCCACUGAUCUCUUAAUCCAAGAUAGCGUUGCACCCUCUUUUUCAGUCCUUUGAAUCUUAGCCCCCGUCUCUCUCCUUGCCUCUGUCCAGUUCCAGAUUCAGACCCUGUGCAGCUGAACACCUGUACGUAUGUCAGAUCACUUGAUCAAAUCGGUUUCGUUGCACUUUGCCACAAGGUGUAACAAAAUGGGUAAAAUUAUUGUUUGAAGAAAGUGAAAGUUGGCACUAAGUCCUUUUCAAGAUGUAUCUUAAGUGUCUAGUGACAUUUCAAAUACGCCAUAAUACCAGUAUAGCACGUAGCCUGUUCUUGCAGAAAACAUGCUGCAUCUGUGCUGCACAUGUACAUUUUGUGUACAUCAACCAAAGUGAUGUAAGUGUUAACAUUCCUCAUUACAAAAGCAGCCAUAACUUCAAGGGUCUAGAGGGCGUGUACUGCAAUUACAGCCAGAGAAUUACCCCUCUAUCCAGUACUCCUUCAAAAGAGAAGAUUUUUCUCUUGAAUAAUAACUUAAAUUGAAGAGCCCAAAUGAGAUUUUUGAUAUUCUGCUUAUUUCCCCAAAGUCUGCACUUUCACUGUAGUCAAGUCAAAUCCUACUUGCCUGGGGUAACUACUGGGAGGUAAAAUACUAGCUUUUUCCCAAUCUAUGUCAACUCAUAGUUGUGUCUUGUUUGAGUGGUAAACGCAUAUAGCUGUUUUGCAAUGUUACCUGCUUCCCUUAGUUCAUUUUCAGUAAGAAAUGAGUGUGUUGGCUUACUUCCAAAAGCGAAACACAUUUUAAAAGACCUUGUAGAGAUUCGCCUUCCUAUGGAAGCUUGCAUCUUGACAUGGCAGAGCUGAACAAAAGAGACAUUUGAGGGGUAAUUUCAGAUAUUGGAAAUAAUUUGGACAUACAGUGGCUAGCAAUAUAUAAACAAAAUGAUUUAUCCAGCAGAGGCCAAACAACUCUGUGUUAAUGGCCCUGAUUCUGCACUUACUUCUGCCUCAGCUCAACUGCCAUCUUGCAAUGGAACGAGCUGUGUAAAGUUUGCACCACGUAUAUAGAGGUUUUUGUGGGACAUGUAACACAUGGUGCCUGCAGAACAUUUAUGUUUGUGACUUCAUUACAGUAUUAUUUAGUUGAAAGGCUACUGCAUGUGGGGAAAGAUACUCACUCACCAUUACUGACCCUUGGAGAGACUGCGUUUUUAUGUUGCCCAGAGAGGCCUCUGUGGUCCUCUGGUUUAAAAUAGCGGUUGUGAAGCAAACUCCCUGUGGCAAGUGGUUUUAUGAUUCGGCAAGGGGCUGUAUUACACAAAAGUGGUCAAAGAAGGUAAACAACUGAGAUCAUGAGGAAUGCUGAGGCAGGCUGUGGUUAACAAAAAUGAAAUAAUUUGGGAUUUCAUUUAAGCUUUGAGCUUUGCUUUUAGAUAAAGUGCCUUUUUCUGUUUCCCUUUUAUUUAAAUGUGUGUGUAUAUAUAUUAAAAAUAUAUAAUGACAGUUAAACUAGAAGAAACACUAGGGCUUGAGUUUCAGAAAUAUUCAAAUACAAAAAUGUGUGCACUUUGCUUAAUCUGCAUUAUGAAACUAUUCAGAUCACUUGCGCGAGUCAGUUUGUACUCGUUAAAGUAGGCAGCCAUAUAUUUUGUCACUUCAUGUAAUCACAGGAUCUUCAGCAUUGUAAUUGCAAUUUGUAAUUGUAAUUUGAAAUGUAGUCCCUUGAAUGACUGUGAGUUUAUAAGGUUUGAUGUAAGGAUAAAAAAAGGAAAAUUAAGCUCUACUAUAUUUUAUGCUUUACUAAUUUAUAUCUUCGUGUAAUAUUAAGAUGUGAUGCAGAGAAUCAUAACUUUUAUUAUUAUAUAGUUUAGUAGUGGCAGGAGAAGAGCUGUAAGAGACCUGUUUCCUCCCAGGUGUUUCUCAAUACCUACAUCCAGGCUCCAGCCAUCAUCUCACCUGUUAUUCGAGGGAUGGCCACUGGCUUACUCGGUAACAGUAUUCCUCUGGGGAAGCUGUUGCCAGUGCUGGUCGUUCCUUUUCCCUCAGUACAAAAACCUCUCUGGUAUCUCCUGGCCUAGAGCCGCUGUCUGUCACUAGAAGUGAAAAGGAGCCCGGCUAGACAACAAACACGGCGUUCGGGAUUCUUCUGAAAACAUGAAUCCAUUUCACUAUGUUACGCGUAUUUGCACUGUCCAGCAAAUAGUUUUGGUUUCUAUCCCGUGUUUGACAAAAAGACUUAAAACGUGACUCCUGAGUUAUGAAAACUCCAAUGCGGCCAUAUCCCGCUAACUAGAAACUUUCUCCAUGUAUUGAAAUACUGAACCGGAAUCCAAGCCCUCCACACGUUGUCGUAGGAAGACUGCUAAAAUAGUAGGUAUUUCAGAGGUAUGAAACAGUCAGGAAACCUGGGCUCGAUACCCAGUUUGCGAGAGCUGCUGCAUUGCUCUGGGCAACAUUUUUGAGUUCUGCAUUUUUGAGUUAUUGGAAGAAUAUAUUCAUAUCUGAAUACUGAUGUGGGGCUAAAUUAAUGUAGGCUAAAUUAAUGUGAGCAAAUUAACUUUUCAAAACAAGACCUACCUAGUAACUGCAGUAUAACUUAAGAAUUAACCAGUCUAUAGAUCAUAAUUUUAAGGGGUGAGAUACAAGGAGAAAAAGCACAAUUUUCUGUCUCUUCGUAAACACCCUUGUUCAUUCACUUCUGAAUAUAACUGCAGCAGUGUUCAUCAUCGCCUGUGCUAGGCUGAGUAGAAAUGAUAGGUGUCCUCACAUCAGCAUUGUUUUUUAAAACAGAAGUGCCUUACGCCUCUGGCUGAAAGUAGGUGCCUGCAAGACUGAGGCACUGCACUUAACGCUGGUCCUGUGCCAAAGAGCUCUUGGUCUAAACAAAGCAAAUGAACAAGAGUGGAAGGAAGCAAGUGUAUUUAUUUCUGUUUUGCACAUAAAAAUGGAGAGUUGGAAAUUUUUGUUCGGUACGUCAUUGAGCUCACUGCCCUGGAUUCCAGCGUUGAGCUCAGAGCUCGCUGUUUCGGUUUUAUUUGGGUUAUAUGCUGAUUACCUUAAUCCUCUGCACUUUUGGCUCAUAUUACAGCAUAUCCAACAAGCCUACAAAAAAUAAGCUGGCUUCAAGCACUCACUGACGAGAAAUUGUGGAAAAGGGUAAAUGUUAUAAAUACGAAACUCCUCUGCCCUGAACAUAAUGUUACCCCAUUACCAUUAAGGUCACAGGAUCGUGUCACUUCAUCUAUUCACCACUAAUUCAAAGAAGCGAUUAGUCAUAGGAGUGAUGUGGGUCGUGAUGUAUUUCAGUACUGUUAAUGUCUUUGUAAUUCUGUUGACGUCUGACCUGUUAUCCUAGGACUUACCAAUGUCUUCGCCUGGAUUAGACAGACCUCCUGGAAAUUUCCACGCAUUUAUAGUCUGUAUGGGAGGAAAAAAAUAUUAAUGAAGUAUGCAGCCUGUGUUGUACUCUCUAAUAUGAAGGAGACAAUUAACACGUGACUUUUUGUUGUUGAAGUUGCAGUAUUGUUAUUACUCUUAGAAACAUCAGUAAGGCUUUAAGUAGGAACUUUGUUCUUGCUGAUGUGAUCAUCAGAGAUAUCUACAGUCUGUAUGAAAUAUUGGAACAAAACAUCUACUGAUUGAAAAUAUAAACUGUCUAACAGUCAUUAGACAACGUUGCUGCUAGAUAACUAGAUAGAGUAGUUAAAUAUUAAAAAAAGCUGCUAUAGACUAUAUAAUCUUAUAUUUAAUCACUAAUGUAUUCCACUUCCAUGGUUUUGGCUUUUAAAAAAUGUAUAUAUAUUUAAUCUUACAAACAGGUAUUAUGAUUGUAGUACUGUUCUAUACUGCACUGGCUUUAAGAUGACUUUGUGUGUCUGUAAUAACCAUUUAGUGUAACUUGUCGUUUGUUUUCAUGGAAUACAAAAACUGAGGCCUUGUGUGUGAUUUAUAUAUAGAAGCAUUUAUUGAAUUGCAAUAAAGUUAGUACUUAAAACAGAA